AAUCAACUUUCAGGAUUGAAGUUUACCUCAUCGGUUAACACAUCGCAAUUGUCAGAUCCGGGUAAUCGUUCAAUUUCAAGUGUUAAUUCAACUGAUAGUACCGAGGAGAUCCUUCAUAAUACACCAGACCCGAACUUGGCCGGCGGGCAAAUGAUGUCUCCUCCAUUCCAACAUCAACAACCACCGGCAAUGGGUGGGGUAUACAACGUGUAUCCACCGUAUGGAGGAGGAUUUCAACCUCAAUCUCGACCUCCUUUCACACACUUUGUCGGUGGAUUUUGGAAUCCAGAUGACGCCCCACCAGCGUAUGACGGUCCCAAAGAAGGAUAUAAUGAUGAUAAAAAGAAUUAA